AUGCCUGGGACCCCGUCGAUGGACCAGAACCAACAGGAUACAUCGCGGUGGGGGGUUCGGUAUAACCAGCAAUAUGGACAUCAGCAUCAGCCUAGCAUCCAUAGCCAGCAAAACGCACCACCACCGUUACCGCCUCGUCCGGCUAGCGCGUUCGAGUUCUCUCAGGUGCAGAUGCAGAAUCCUCCCCAGCAGCAACAACCACAGUGGCAGCAGCCCGUUCAGACAAGUCAGCCGUAUUAUCCUCCAAAUCAAGGAAUAAAUGUCCCGGAAUAUCCUCCAGUGCAGCCACCCCCUCCCCCGCAGUCAUGGCAGCAGCAGCCGGCCCCUGACCCGAACUAUGGUGUCAACCAAGGCGUUCCGCCGCAACCACCACCGUUGCCAUCAGCAUAUCAAGCAGAGAUCCAGCGUCCUGCUUCUGCAUGGCAGACCGCACCAAUAUACUCGCAGCAUCCUCCAACUCACCAAUAUGACCCUCCUCCGCCUGAUAGCAACUUGCAGCAGCCACUUCCCCCGGCGACACAGGCUCCCGCUGCCUCCCUUGCCCCAGCUAUUUCACCACUCUCUGCCCGGGCGUCUAUUGCUACCAGCACACCACCUCCAACUACCGUUACAACAGCUCCUACCAAGACGGCCACUACCACCGACACCAGUGCAUCAGCCCUUGGAUUUGGAGGUCCAUCUGAUUGGGAGCAUUAUACGGCGACAGGAGAGGAAGUAGAUGAUACAGCUGCUUUCGGCUUGAGUACCGAGACCCCUGUCAAGAAGACUAACACAUUUGAAUUACCGUCGGACCCGUCCCCUCGGCUCCCAAUGUCUAACGCCCAGGUGGCUUCACAGCAACCAGCCAGAGUAUCGUCUCUGGCGCAAGUUUCACCAGAACAACCUCCACGGUCAAACUCGCACGUAAUCUCUCCCGUCGAAUCUAAUAAUCAGCGUGCACAGAAUCAAACAGGCAACCUAUUCGGUCGUCUGGAUAGCGUCAGCUCCUUCGGAUCUGGUACGCCCGUUGAUGCCAAAGCCAUCGACGGCGUUAUUGAAGUCUGGUCGCAACCAGUUGCAGCAGCAGGGAGCCAGCAAUCCAGCUACUCAGAGCCGAAACAACACCAACGUUCAAACACAGUUUCUACGUUUGAAUACCCCCGUGUGUCUACACCUAUUUCUCAUAUUCAUGCGUCUCCACAACAGCAGAGUCCAAUGCGUUCAGUAUCUGGUGCCGAUAGCCGACCCAUACAGUCCAUCGUCACAAUUUCCGAUCCAUAUGAAGACCUCGAUCCGUGGUACAAAUCUUCUUUGACGCGAUAUGUUACCAUGCUCCGCAAGGAGAUGGAGACAGAGUCAGAGGAGGAGAAGUAUAAGCUUUUCUCAGCUUUUAUGCACAAAGAGUCGAAGCUACGGGCUAUUAUGUACAAUGUGGAAAACUUCCUAGACCAACCGCCUGCGAAAUCCGAAUCCACUCCCGUUCCCGCCCCGGCACCGGCACCGGCACCUGCGCCUACACCAGUACCUGCUGUUACUCCAGCGACACCCGGCCCGAACGUGAAUGAUGCCCCAACACAAUCACAGGCAGCACCGUCAAGAAUAGUCAUACCCGAUCCACCAACACCGAGUGAGCAAGAUGAUGUCGUCUCUUAUAGCCCCGGUGGAUUGCCACGACUAGCCUCUGCACUUACCAACCAGAUGCGAAAAGGCUCGGGCUCGGACGGAUUGCAUCGAUCGGCCUCCAAUCCCGCUCGGUCCCAGGGGCAAGCCGGUGGUGCGAAGAACCCAGUUACUCACUUGGGUAUAGCCUCGCACGCAAAUCCUUCCCGAUCAGUCUCAGUGCCACCAGAGUCUGCGGUAAGGCCAGAGAAGAACCCUGCAUAUACAGUUGAGCCACCACAUGCUGUCUACACGCCAUUCCGGUACAAUGCCGACCCCCGGAGGGCUUCUGUAUCUGCUCCCCCAAGCCGUCCGGCUUACCAGGGAUACUCUGCACUGCGCCUGGCGUCUGUAGAAAGCGGGCGUGUCAUGGCUCAGCCAUCUUUGCAAACCCCUCCAUCAUUCCCUUCAGAACGCUCAGCAUCACGCGCCGAGCACGAUGAAACCUUUUUAGGUCUUAUCAGAGAGAAGAGUGUUGCGUAUCGUGGCCACCGGCCGGGAACUAGCCUAGCAAAUAGGCCCGCUUUGCCUAAGAAGGGUGUAUCAAGUGCGACCUUCGACGAGCUGCAGGCAUUGGUGCCUGGCCCGCCACCACGCCUCGAAAGUACCUCCAGGGUUGCCAUGAUACGUGACGAGAUCGAUAAUUUCCCCCAGGACUUUACCUUUAUUGAAAAAACGCAUGGGGCAUGGGAUAAUAGCGCGGCCAGCCGCCAGGAACAGGUCAACACCCAACGUCAAGCUCGCCAGGCGGAAUCAGAAAGCCAUAUCGACUCUCUUUUCAACGAUAAAGAAAUAGGGUACUCCGAUAUCAACGUAUUGGAAGAUGAGUUCAAACAGACCGAGGCUCAGAUACAGUUAAACGAAGAACGAAAGGAGUUUGAAAAGUAUGUGGAGAUUGUAUUUACGCGUGUUGACGAGAGACUGGCGGCAGAAAUUAAACGGCUGCAGCACCUGUAUAAUGAAACAACCGUGCUCUUGCAGCCCGAAGGAGGAAAAGCUUCCUCAUUGGCGAAAUUCCAACUUACCCACGCCAUGCGCAAUGCAGUGGAUAUCUUCCAGAAGCUCGAGAUCCGCCAUGCCAAGCGGGUGGCGGGUGUGCUUGAGCGAGAACGACGCAGAAAGAAAGCCGAACGCCGCUACUACGUUUUCCUGGGUGAAACUGCAGCGUUGAAACAAAUGGACAAGGACUUCACAGCAUUGGAACAGAGGACUCUCCUCGAUGCGGCCAAGGCCAAGGACGACCGGACAAAUAAAUUGAUGGACAUAUUUGACGAUGCAAGCAUGCGUGGAAUUGGCGAGAACCAACGCCUCCUGGACGAUAUCUCCGCCAAAAUCAAUAAAUUUGACACGGACCUUAUCCGCACAACCCCCAGUCUCGUCCCCACCAGCGGCUCCAAGAUAUUACAGAAUACUCUGGAAUUUGUCAAAUUUCUCGGCGCAAAUUCAGAGUCCGUGCUAGAAAGUUUUGGUGUCGCCGACAGACUUCUCAACAAUGCCGACUACGAUGUCUCGGUGGCUGAAGCCAAGGUCGCCGAGUCCAAUGCUGAUAUCUUCCGCCGUCUAGAAGAGGAGAAGAAGAAGGAAGAUAAGAAGAUCGAGGACGAUUUGCAGGCCAGAAUGUCCAGUGUUCGGACGAGCCACCAUGCUAUCAUCAUGAAUAUCGAGGAGGUGCUAGAAGCCGUAGAACAGGCCGUUAGUUCCGGUGCGGGUACUUCCCUCACGCCACCUUCAGGCUCAGACUCGCGAUCGCGAACUACGUCUUUGUCUGGCGGUAUUGGUGCAUCCGAUACCCCCCCUGCUUUGGGUGUUGGUGUCUCCACUCCCCCUUCUACGAGUACAAUGAGUGCAGAGGAACAGCAACAAGAGAGACUUCGGAAGGCGUUGGAAGACGCGAAGAGGAGGAAUGCCGAGAAGGGACAUACUUGA